CCGUGCUUGGGGCGGCAAAAUGGUUCGAGCCGCCCCUGCUCUCCCUUGUCCGCAGACGCUGGGAGCCAACAUCGGAGUCGCUCCUUUGUUGGCACCCCCGAGCCACAUGGGCGCCUGUAGUGCUCCAGGCACUCAGAGCUCAGCAUCCCGCUGGAUCGGGCUUUUCCCUGUGGCUGUCUUUCGGUGGCAGGGAACUAUGUUAUUGUAGGGUCGCCCAAACCGCCUUCCUGCUGGGGCCAGUCCAGGAGGGCGGGGGAUGUGGGGGAGCCCCAGAACAGAGCCGGGGGGGGCGGAAGAGCUGGAAGGGCCCCAGAGGCACUUCUGCUUUCGCUUUCACUUUCCAAGGCGCAGCUAAUGCAGGCAGCGGCGGCGCGGUUCCUCCAUCUCGCUGGGCCCGGCAGCAGGUACCAGCGCCGCUCACCCAGCCCCGGCCUCCGCGGAGCAGAUGAUCAUAUGUGGAAAUCAACAUAAGCAAGGCAAGAAUGGCAGCCUUAUUCUCUACUCUGCCAUUUGCAGAUAAAUCCUCUCUCAUGAUGAUGAUGAUGAUGAUGAUGAUGACCAUAGGUAUUUUAAAUGUUGCAGUUUCUGUGAAUAAUGACCACAGUAGCAAGAACAGGGAGACAGCUGAUGUAGUGUCUGGCAAUGGAAGCAAACCGUUUCCUUGGGAUAAAAUGAGGCUUCCCAAGCAUGUCAUCCCAGUGCAUUAUGAUCUUCUCCUCCAUCCUAAUCUUACAACUCUAACUUUUACUGGAUUUGCCAGAAUAGAGAUUACAGUAAACCAACAAACUAGUUCAGUCAUCCUGCACAGCAAACACCUGCAAAUUACCAGGGCUGCCAUCCAAAGGAGAAUGGGAAAUAGUCACACUGAAGAAGAAGUGAUGGUUUUGGAAUACCCACCAUUUGAGCAGAUUGCCCUCCUGGCAGCUUUUCCACUGCAUGUUGGACAAAACUACACUGUUAGCAUUGAGUAUUCUGCAAAUCUGUCAGAGAGUUUCCAUGGCUUUUAUAAAAGCACCUAUAGAACCCAGGAAGGAGAAGUGAGGGUACUUGCAUCAACACAGUUUGAGCCAACAGCUGCUCGCAUGGCUUUCCCAUGUUUUGAUGAACCAUCCUUCAAAGCCAGAUUUUCCAUUAAGAUUAGGAGAGAACCAAAGCACCUCGCACUAUCUAAUAUGCCAAUAGUGAAAUCUGUGAGUGUUGCUAAUUGGCUAGUUGAAGACCAUUUUGAUGUUAGUGUAAAGAUGAGCACUUAUCUAGUGGCCUUUAUUGUUUCGGAUUUUAAAUCAGUCAGCAAGAUGACCACCAGUGGAAUUAAGAUAUCUGUAUAUACUGUACCAGAUAAGAUCAACCAAGCUGAUUAUGCCUUGGAUGCAGCAGUGAAACUUUUAGACUUCUAUGAGAAUUACUUCAGCAUUCCAUAUCCCUUACCCAAACAAGAUCUUGCUGCUAUUCCUGAUUUUCAGUCUGGAGCUAUGGAAAACUGGGGACUGACCACAUACAGGGAAUCUUCUCUGCUAUAUGACCCUGAAAAAUCCUCGGCAUCAGCUAAACUUUGGAUUACUAUGAUAAUAGCCCAUGAGCUGGCUCAUCAGUGGUUUGGAAACCUAGUUACCAUGGAAUGGUGGAAUGAUCUUUGGCUAAAUGAAGGAUUUGCAAAGUUUAUGGAGUAUGUGUCAGUCAGUAUUACUCAUCCAGAUCUGAAAGUUGAAGAUUAUUUUUUAGGCAAGUGUUUUGAUGCCAUGGAGGUGGAUGCAUUAAAUUCCUCACAUCCUGUGUCUACUCCUGUGGAAGAUCCAGCUCAAAUUCAAGAAAUGUUCGACGAUGUUUCCUAUGAAAAGGGAGCUUGCAUUCUAAAUAUGUUAAGGGAUUACUUGAAUGCAGAAUUUUUUAAAGCUGGGCUUGUACAAUAUCCUGCAGAAGUACAGCUAUCAGAAACAAAAAAAGCUAUGAACAGUCUGGCACAUACUUGUCCUGCGGGUGACACCCAGGAAAGCCAGUUGCAAGGUGAUGGCUUUUGCACCAGAAACCAACAGACAUCUUCAAGUGCACACUGGACCAGGAGAGAGAUUCUUGAUGUGACAACAAUGAUGAACACUUGGACAUUACAAAAGGGUUUUCCACUAGUAACUGUCACAGUAAAAGGAAAGACUGUCCAUCUGCAUCAAGAGCACUAUAUGAAGGGAUCAGAUUCUUCUCCAUCAACCGGGUACUUGUGGCAUGUUCCAUUAACGUACAUUACUAGUAAAUCUGACACAGUACAAAGAUUUUUGCUGACAACUAAAACAGAUGUCCUCAUCCUCCCAGAAGAGGUAGAAUGGAUAAAAUUCAAUCUGGGAAUGAAUGGUUAUUACAUUGUGCACUAUGAAGAUGAUGGAUGGGAUGCUCUGAUUAGCCUUUUAAAAGAAAACCAUACAGCAAUUAGCAGCAAUGAUAGAGCAAGUCUCAUUAACAAUGUAUUCCAGCUUGUGAGUAUUGGAAAACUAUCAAUUUCUAAAGCUCUUGAUUUAUCUUUGUAUUUGAAACAUGAAUCCCAAAUUAUGCCUGUAUUCCAAGGUAUGAAUGAGCUGAUUCCUAUGUACAAGCUCAUGGAGAAAAGGGACAUGGAUGAUGUAGAAAAUCAGUUAAAGGGGUACAUAGUCAAUCUGUUUAAAGACCUAAUUGACAAACAGUCCUGGAAUGAUGAGGGCUCAGUGUCCGAGAGAAUGCUUCGCAGUUCCCUACUCCUGUUUGCGUGUGCGCGCAAAUACCAACCGUGUGUAGACAAAGCAGAAGAAUAUUUUAUGAAAUGGAAGGAAUCCAAUGGAACUUUACGUUUGCCCAAUGAUGUUAAAACUGCAGUAUAUGCUGUUGGAGCCCAGACAAUUGAAGGUUGGGACUUCCUUUUUAGUAAAUACAGGCUGCCUUGGUUCAACACUGAGAGAAAUGAGAUUGAAGUUGCUCUCAGUAUUAGCAGAAAUAAAGACAAACUUCAGUGGAUAAUGGAUCAAAGUUUGCUUGGUGAUGUAGUAAAAACCCAGGAUCUUCCAUAUAUCAUCGUGUUUGUUGCUAAAAACCCAUCUGGCUAUCAUCUAGCAUGGAAAUUUUUGAAGGAAAACUGGAAUAAACUCGUACAAAAGUUUGAACUUGGCUCAGCUUCUUUAGCCCACAUGGUAAUCGGAGUGACAAAUCAAUAUUCUACGAGGGAACGGCUUGCAGAGGUGAAAGAAUUCUUCAAUUCUGUGGAUGAAAAAAGUUCACAGCUCCGCUGUGUCCAACAAGCUGUAGAAACUAUUGAAGAAAAUAUACGAUGGAUGGACAUAAACUUUGAAAAAAUCAAAAUAUGGUUACAGAAUAACAUGUGAAGGAUUUAUUGCAUCUGGCUUUGAAUAUUUGAAUUUAAAUUACAAAACAGUGAAAAUUUCAAAAAAUCUAAAGCUUUUUUGUUGUUUUGGGGUGAGGAGAUUUACUUAAAGAGUUGAUGAUAUGGGCCCCAUUCUGUUCCUUUGUAUGAGUUUGACUGUUGAUUUCAAUAGGAGCAAGAUAUGGCUCUAUAUGCACACCUUCUAUCCAAUAAGAAACCAUCAUCCACAACUGUUGAGCAAUAAAAAUUGCUCACCAUGGCCUGUGUAAACUGGGGAUUUUGAAUUCUAAAAUUGGAAUACUUGAAUUCUAAAAAAUGGAUUUACUACUCUAUUUUGAGGAAAAACUAAUUUGUGAAAUUACAGAAAAUGGAUGAGUGCACAACUGAACUAUAAAUGGAACACUCCACAUAUGAGAUGACAUAGAAGUUUAUAUCCCCUUGCUAAACACUAGGUACAGCUAGCAAUUUCUGCUCAGGGUAGCCCAGCACUGGAAUGUUUAUAGGUAUGCUAGUUUAACAUGGAGAUGUAUUGAAAUUAUGAAGGUGAGAUGAUGUCUUAGCACCUGCUUUUUAUCUGUAUUUUGUGAAUCUGCAGUCAGUCCUUCAAAAUAAAAUAAUAAUUCCAUGAGGAAUUUAAUCCUUUCCUGUAUCAAGGUGUACAGCCAAAUAGGGCAUAAUAAAAAAUGCUCUCAUGAAGCAAUAGCCCUAUAAUUAUACAAAGAGGAGGUAUGGGAAAAAUAAGUUUGCAAUUAUAAUUAGGAUUAAUACACUUCAAAAGUAGAAGUGAUAAGAAGUGCAGUUGAAUAACUAACUUAUUUUCCCCAUACCUCCUCUUUUUAUAAUUAUAGGGCUAUUGCUUUAUGAGAGCAUUUUUUAUUAUGCCCUAUUUGGCUGUGGAAAGUGAAUUACUCGCUUACUUUUAUAUUAAGUGUUAUACUCCUUUUUAAUAUAGAAUUACAUGAGAGUAAUAAUAGAAUGUGAUCUGAAUCUGAAAGUUCAACAGGAUCAAGAUAUUUAAUAUUUUAGAUCAGUAUAAUAAGUAACUUUUUGAUAGGGUCAGGGUGAUUUCAGUAUUUGCUGUUAAUUAGCUCUUCCAACUAAUGAAAGUGCACUUGUAAAAAAUAAAUGUCCUUUUCAGAAGAUUAACCUGUUUAAAAAGUGAUUACUAAAUAUUACUCGUUUUUAUUAUAAUUGGGCCUAUUACAAACCUAAGACAAAGAAGAAAGAUGGUCAUCUUACAGUAAAAUGGAAAAUGGAGAAACUGACUGUACACAAAAUAUUGUCAAAUGCAUAAUCUUAAAGUGAAAACAGAUUGGUUUUUCCUCAGAUCUGUCAGUUGUAAUAAGGUAGAAUGGGAAAUAUCAGAAACCUCAGACAGAAGUGUGAUUUCUAGGUUGCUGGCAAUCCUUGGUCAGGGCUUUCUUAUCCUAUCUGUAAAACUUCCCUACUUCACUAAAGUGGUAAUGCUUAUUUAAUUAAUGUUUGUAAAGGGCUUUGUACUCUUCAGAUGGAAGUGAAAGUGUUCGUGGAACACUGAAGGAAAGGCUGCUUUCUUGCUGAUUAUGAUGUCCUUCAGUAACUGUUAAGAAAUACCCUCACCACUGGUCACUGUUACUAAAUUCAUACUAAAGGGAAUUCUGAAUGUGCACCAGAGUAGAACAGACACCCACAGAAUUAUUGCAGCAAAUAUUUAUAACAUUGAUUUUAUAACCAUGCCAAGAAAUGUGUUUGACAAGCUGUUUAAAACACAAAUCUGCAUAUGUCAACUGAAUUUUGCAUCUCUUGCAGUUUUGCAUUUGUAAACAUUUUAAACUGAUGUUCUCUCUCUCCCUCCCUCUCCAUGGCAAGGAGAGAUGUGGUUUGAAAUUCUGAACUAAAAAUAAAUAGAAAAAGAUUGUUUUUGUUAUUCUCAGAGUAAUUGACCCCAAAAAGAAAAUUAACAGGGAUGCAAAGACUCUGACACCUUAGGGCAUAUUAACCAUCACUCAUUUAAAAAGUGUUAGUUCUGACUGUUGCAUGUGACCAACAUAAAUUUAAUCAAUUUUAUCUUUGAACAUUAGAAUGUACAAUGCAGUCAAGAUCCUCCAACACUCUGAGAAAUGGUACACAUGGCUAAAAGUCUGUAUGGAUUAGCUGCUGUGUACUAUUUAUUCGCUAGAACUAGCAUGACCAAUGUAACAGAUGCUGAAUUUUACUUUACAAGCUAAUAAAACACACUUUAGGAUCCAUGCAGCUGGUCACCUUCUGGGAAACAAACAAAAGCAGUUGUGAAAAAUCCAUCUCAAAACACCAUUUUACUAAAUACUCAGGUUCUUAGUAUUUAGAAAAAUUUGAGUGAAUCUUCAGUCUUCUAAAUUUGUCAGAAUGAUUGUUAAUCGUUUGAAAAAAAGUUAAAGCACCAAAUUUUCAAAGCCUUAACUGAAUCCCAGUUUUUGUCAGUGCAGUUUUGCAUCUGCAGUUAUUUGUACUCACAGUCUAGGUCCUUCUGGGCUGGAUCCUGCAAGUUGAUUUCAACAGCUGCACCUCUGCACUUGCCUGAAACCCCUUGACUUAAGUGGGGCUGAAGGUGGGCCCUGGGAUGAGUCCAAGUGGAUCCAUUUGCAGGAUCUAGUCCUUAAUUUUUAAGUGAUUUAAACUGUAGUCCCAAAAAUAGUGCUCAGUGACUUAAUUUGUUUCAGUAUGGCCAUGUUUUGUAGUCAGCUUAAAGAAAAACAGAAAAAAAAACUUAGCUAGAUCUUUGGAUUGGUUUUAUACUCAAGAGUAUUAAUAAAUUUGUUUUGACUACCUGA